AUAUUUCAGGUCCUGUCUACAGUGUUACUGAUGGGGUUUCAUUUGCCAGUGAGUUUCCCGCACACAAACACGCACUCCCUGGCAAUGAGCUGAAGACCUUCCAUUCCAUCAGAUGAGCCACGCGUCACUUCCUCCUCCCAGCUGCUGAUGCCUUCUCCACCUGGAUGGCUUUAUAACACGUCUCCCCUGCCUCAGCUCUACAUGUCACUCUUGCAGACAGCAUGCUGUUGCUUCCCUUACUCGUUGUGACUUCACUUUGGUCCCGUGGGGAUGCACAGGCUGCACCGGUGCAAAGCCCAGCAGAGCGCAGGCUGGUGGAGGGCAGCCCAGUCACCAUGACGUGCCAGCUGAGCAGUGGAACCACUGUGCACUGGUACAGGCAGCUUCCCGGGGAGCCACCCAAGAGGAUACUGUACAUGUCUGGAUCCUCACCUACCUUCGAUGACAACAAGGACAGAUUUAAAUUUCAAGCACAGAAAAGUUCUUCCAGCAGUGUUCUGACAAUAGAGAAAGCAACCCGGAGGGAUACCGGUACUUAUCUCUGUGCAUAUUGCAUUAUCACACUGUGCUAUGGUGAUGAGAAAAUAUUUGGAAGUGGAACUAAGCUUAUUGUUUCAGACAAAGGAAAUUCUGGACCAGAGAAUUCUGAAAUCCUGCGGAAGGAGCACAAAAACCAACUCGUGUAUGUUUGUCUGUUUGAGAAAUUCUACCCAGAAGUUGUUCGGGUGAAAUGGUUGGAUGAAGCAAAAAAGGAGGUAACACAGAACGUAGUAAAAGGAGAUGUCUGGAAGUUUCCAGGUGAGGAGAAGUACUCAGUCAGCUCCUGGUUAUCUGUACCACUGGAGGACAAAAACAAGAAAUAUUCUUGCCAUUUUGAGCAUGAAAGUGGAGAUCAGUCACUGCUCACCCAUGUGCUUUCUUCAGAGAGCUCUCCUCAGAAGAACUGUAGCACUGAAUCCAGAAACAGCACAGUUUUUAACAGAGAUCACUUGACGCACAAGGCAGCGCAGUUGGUGUACGUUGUUCUGCUUCUGAAGAGCUCCAUGUACUACGUCAUCAUACUCUUCUUCUUCUUCAAGUACAGAGCAAGGAAUGCAGCUAAGCCCUCGGGAAAGAGAACGUAAAUACUGGGUUUGGAAAGGUUUAUAAGAUUGUCUUCAAUUUGCUUUGCUGUAUAAUUAUCCACAUAGGUUCUCUUGCUCUCCAUGCUAGAUACAACAACAGAAAUAAUCCUAAGAGAACAGGCAUAUAGAGUUUGCUGUGCUUUACUGCUAGUGUUUUCCUAACUUUUUCUGAGUAUUGAACUGAGCUGGAGGUGAGCAAAAAAAGUAAGUUUACAUGGGGUUUUAGUAGGAACUCUGUAAUGCAACAUGAAGAACCUCCUCCUGCUUAAAGUAUUUUUGCAUGCAUAGGAGUAGAUGUAAUGGAGCUUUCAAAACAUAAAACAUUGAUGCAUUUUAUCAAUGCAUUUUAGGAUCAGUUAGGAGCAUUCCACUGCUGAAAAUGCAUCAAUGCUUUUUUUUUAUUAUUUUUUUUUACUGUCAAUGAUUUAUUGCAAAAAAUAGAUCAAGUUCACUAAAUCAGGACUUGAAUAUUCUGAAGCGAUAAAUGCUUUAAAAGACUCAGCAAGGCAUGAUUUUUGAAAGCAAAGAUAUUAUCUUUUAGCAAGUUUAAUGACCAUAAAAGCAAUUUUAACAUGCAUAUCUAUAGAAAUUUAAGAAAUUCACCAGGCCACAGGCUAGCACUGCUGCACAAACUGAAAACUUGCAUAUCGUAUCUUCAAAGGUACAAAACGAUCGCAGUUAUCACCUUGCUUAGGUGAUCUUUUCAAACUCAGCAAAACCUUACAGCUGGUGCUUCAAUAGAGAAAGUGUUCUCACAUCACAAGAAAACUCUCAGAUGCUGUACUUCAAACUCCUCAUGUCCAGGUUUUGCUAAUUUAGAGCUUGUACAAUUUGGAGAGGAAUGCCUGCACCAAACCUGUAAUGAUGUAGAGCAAUAAAAGCUUCCCUUGAGA